GGCCCAUAGAUAGAUUGAAUUGAAAGCAGGAACUUUGAGAUGUUGUAUUAGUGAUAUGUUCAUUAUUUUCUAGAAUUGGAAAGAUGGCUUGAUUUAGCUCACCCUACACUCACCUGGUCAGAUGGUACGUUCCAGUUAGGUGAGGCUAAGAAGCUCUACUUCUGCUUAUCGACCUGAUUCUUCAACAUCCAUUUUUCAUCUUUUUCCAUUCCCACACUGUCUAAUCUGCCCUUUCUAAGCCACCAUGGUGAACAGAUAACCUUCCAGCCGUCCUGACACCAUGGGUGCCUGCCUCUGCAAAGGUCACAAAGAGCUCCACUAUCCUAUGACAGUACGGCAGGAUCAGACUGUGGAAGGUCAGCCAUCAUCUGAAGAGGAUGGCCAGAAUCCGUCUAACGGCAGUGUGGCUGAUAAAACCAGCGGCUAUGAUAUUGGCCAGCUGGCUACCUCCUCUCUGAUGGGAGUGGUGGCCACAAUAAAGGAGCACAUCACCAAACCGACGGCGAUGGCCCAGGGGCGCGUUGCUCACCUGAUUGAGUGGAAGGGGUGGGGUGGAGGAGGCCAGGCUGGGGGGGGUGUGGGCGGAUGGAGCGGGAACUGGGCUAAAGGAGGAGGAAGCUGGGGGGGGGUGAGUGCCGAGCUGCAGGAGGAUGAACAGUUCUACUCCCAAAUGACGGACGAGAUCAAGGAAGCUCGCUUCGCCGCAGGAGUGGCGGAGCAGUUUGCCCUGGCCGAGGCAGCCAUGAAUGUGUGGUCGAUGACCGAUGGCUUAGAGCAGCCCUCCACCAGUUUACAAGCAGCACAAAGCCACUUCCUGUCACAGUUCCUGCUGGACGGUGGAAGUGUCAGUGUUCCUCAGCACCUGUACAGCAUCCAUGCCCAGACCUACGGGGACAACAGGGCGGCCAACCUCGUCUUUCAGCCAACGUUGGACCCCAUUUCAUCGACGUCCAACAGCCACCAGGACAGAGUUGGACCCCUGCAGGUGGACAGAAGCACUGCCACUGCAGAGGCUGCCGUCAGACAUGUGGACAGCAGCUCACUGUCCGAGGAUGACGUAUUUUAUAACUAGCAGGCCAGCAAACUCGAUGGCAAUCUCUCAAAUGAGCCUCACUGAGAGGACUCCACCAGCAGGGACUGAUUUGAAAGAUAAACACAGACAUCUGUGAGACAUUUCAAGAGGCUAUUCCUCAAAUGACCUGUCUGGGCCCACUCCUCAGAAAAGACCCCAGAUUGUAUUUUCUCCCCUGUCCAGGUGUAUACUCUUGUGAAUGUACAUAGUUCCAUUUUCAUUUUAUAUUCAGUGUACAUUAACACUUUCAUAUUAUAGGUAGAACUGAACUGUGAAGAGUCAACAGAAAUGAUGUUAAAUAUCUUGUUAAUAAACAUACAUUUUAAUAUA